AAGUGGCUUCUGGAAGCCACCAAAGCCGCUGUCAAAACUCUACUGUCCUUACAGCAAGUCAAUUUGUCCUAUCAAAUCUCUCUUCCUCGUAUACACAAUCCACUGUCUAUCUCGGACCCACAAAAUGACUUACACCAUUGUCCUGUUCAUCACGCGCAACCACGCCCUCUCGUCAGAAGAGUUCAGGGACUACUACGAACACAGACACAUCCCAUUGGCAUAUUCUCUCCUCACCCAGUGCUGGCCCAUCUCAUUCACACGCCGCUACCUUGCGCGGAUAUCCCGGAAAGGAUUCGGCGGCCCGGCAAACCCUGAUCGGCCGCCUCUGAUGCUCAGAGGCACUAUGAACGAACUAGACUGCGACUGCAUUGCCGAAAUGUCUUUCAACAGCGAGGCCCACUUUCAACACUUCUACAAGAGCGCUUACGCCAAAGAGAACGCCGCUCUUCUGGCCCGGGACGAGGAAAAGUUUCUGGAGGCGGAUAUGACAAAGAUUAUUGUCGUCGGCGAGACCUGGAGCACGGAUGAGCACGGCGUCUCCACCAGCGAGAUUGGUUACGUGCAAAAGGGCGAAAGAUCGGAUAGUGAAGCAAGUGGUAGCGGCCACAGCUGAUCAAGGAGGCCACCGACGUUGUAUUUUCGAUUCUACCUUUGCGCUUCUCGUCAUUGCUAGAUGGCGUAGUUCGAACGGGUGUGGCGCUGGGCGCUUUGAGGAACCUUGUUUGGCCCGACACAAAUCGACUUUAUCUUCAUGAAAUUCUUAACUUGGGCUUUAUUUCGAUUCGACGCUUGGAGAACUUACGGUAGACUUGCUCGGUACUAGAACCAUAGAGUUCCUUUCUACACAUUGAAAUACCACUUACAUUCAAUUC